UUUUUUUCACCUGCCCUCUCGUUGGCUGCCCAGCCGACGUCACGAGGAUCCUGAAACUCCGCGCAACAACAAAAAAACAGGAAUCGCCAAAUGCAAAAAAAAAGAAAAAAAGUUUAAAAAAGGAAAAAAUUAAAAACCCUUCUGCUCAUGAGGCUGAGCGAGGCGUUCAGGAUCGUCCGUGGUCCCUGUCGGCGCCAGCGCACCCGCCCGUGCGUGCGCCUCGGCCGCCCAACGUGAGAGGUUGGACGUGAUUCUUCACGGAAGCAGCGGGUACAGCCAUCAUCGCACCAACUUUGGGCCGUUCUCCGGCUCUCUUUCUCUCUCUCUUCCUACUAUACACGUAGCUCGUCUCGCGUCCCAUUACCCUGAUUCCCAUUCCUCCGCUUGCUGCCCAACCCCAAUCUCCGCCACUACGGCCACCCGCCGUUGUGCCUCUAGAUCCGACAUGACAAAGAAAUCCAACUUCUCCUCCCGCCUGCCUGCGGGCAAGGAACCAAGAUUGUGCUCGCCAGCUGGCAUCCGUGACAGUCCAGCCCCUUCCGACUCACCAUCGCUCCACCCUUGCCGACGUGCUGCGCCCGAGACCCGUGCCAGCCCGUUUCUCGGGACAUCGCACAUCAACCCUAGCGCCACGCUGGAACGAUGCUCAAUGUUUAUACAGUGGAAAGGAAAGGGAAAAACGCCGUAAACACCCACGCAUCAUGCGCCCCCACGCCGUCUCGUGACACGGCUCGGGGGAAACAGGAAAAGAGACGAUCGGCGGCAGAAAAAGAUCAUCGCGAGGCUGAAGGAUGCGGAGAUCCCGACCCCCGCAGACUGAACGUGCUGACAAGUAAAAAUGAAAAACAAGUGCGAGCACCUUGGGCAUACAAGUAAAAAUCAGGGAAUAAUCGCGUUCUUCGUAUCCGGACAUUAUAGCGUGGAGAUCUCCGUGACAUUAUCGCCUUCUCGCCGUCGAAGGCAGCGGCGCUCGCUGUGCGCCGCCGGCACCUGUGUGUUCCUCCAUAAGAUCGAGGCACGUAGUAAGAAUCGAUACAAUCUCUUCC